CUUUAAACUUUCUCUCUAUCCAUCUAUCUCGGUGAACAUGGCUCGUUUUACCCCUCUCAUUUAUGCAGCUCUCCUUGGAUCAGCACUCGUUACUUUCGCCAACUUUCUGACAUCCCUUCUGUCCAUUCAACCGCCUUUCUCGUCCUCCUCCCUUUAUGUCUCCCUUCCCGUCAUCACUUACUUGCUCUACGCCAUUUUCGACCGUGGCGCCGGCUUGCCCCCGGGCCCCCUGGCCAUCCCGAUUUUCGGGAACUGGCUCCAAGUGGGCAAUGACCUCACUCACCGCCUUCUGGCCUCCAUGUCCAAGACUUACGGCCCUGUUUUCCUGCUUAAACUCGGCGUGAAGAACCUGGUUGUGGUGUCCGACCCCGAGCUGACCACGCACGUCCUCCAUACCCAAGGCGUCGAAUUUGGAUCCCGCCCUAGGAAUGUCGUGUUCGACAUUUUCACGGGCAAUGGGCAAGACAUGGUGUUCACAGUCUACGGCGAGCAUUGGCGCAAGAUGCGUCGCAUCAUGACGCUCCCGUUCUUUACCAACAAGGUGGUGCACACUUACAGUGAUAUGUGGGAACAAGAAAUGGACCUGGUUGUCAGCGACCUGGCCAAAGAUGAGCGAGUGAGAAGCGAAGGGAUGGUUAUCAGGAGGCGUUUGCAGUUGAUGCUCUACAACAUCAUGUAUCGAAUGAUGUUCGACUGCAAGUUUGAGUCCAUACAGGACCCGUUGUUCAUUGAAGCCACUAAGUUCAACUCCGAAAGGAGCCGCUUGGCUCAAAGUUUUGACUACAAUUACGGGGAUUUCAUUCCCUUGCUCAGGCCACUCUUGACAGGUUACUUGAACAAGUGCAGGGACUUGCAGCGCAGGCGCCUCGCAUUUUUUAACAACUACUAUGUCGAGAGAAGAAGGAAAAUCAUGGCUGCGAACGGGGACAAGCACCAGAUAAGUUGCGCCAUAGACUACAUCAUAGACGCGCAAAUGAAUGGCGAAAUCAGCGAAGCCAAUGUGCUCUACAUCGUGGAGAACAUAAAUGUGGCAGCCAUAGAAACAACUCUGUGGUCCAUGGAAUGGGCCAUAGCCGAGCUGGUCAAUCAUCCGACCGUCCAACGCAAAAUCAGGGAGGAGAUCUCAGCCGUCCUGAAAGGGGAACCGGUCACAGAAUCGAACCUGCAGGAGUUACCCUAUCUGCAAGCAACAGUGAAGGAAACACUGAGGCUGCACACACCCAUACCUCUAUUGGUGCCUCACAUGAACCUGGAAGAAGCCAAGCUAGGCGGCUACACCAUCCCCAGAGAGUCAAAGGUGGUGGUGAAUGCGUGGUGGUUGGCCAACAACCCUGAAUGGUGGAAGGACCCAGAAAACUUCAGGCCGGAGAGGUUCCUGGAAGAGGAAAGUGGGACAGAUGCAGUGGCGGGCGGGAAGGUGGAUUUCAGGUACUUGCCAUUUGGGGUGGGGAGGAGGAGCUGUCCAGGCAUCAUCCUCGCCCUUCCGAUAUUGGGGCUUGUCGUCGCAAAGUUGGUGUCCAACUUCGAGAUGAAAGUCCCGCCGGGAAUGGACAAGCUCGACAUGAGCGAGAAAGGAGGACAAUUCAGUUUGCAUAUCGCCAACCAUUCUACUGUUGUCUUCGAGCCCGUCGCUCCAGUGAAGAUUUGAUUUCAUCACAUUAAACCAAAA